AUGGUUGUAUGCCACUGUGAAUGUGAUCUUGGGUGCGGUGGUGCUAAUGAUCCCAAGAAUACCCCUACUUUAAACAAGGGCAACAUCGACGCAGAAACGAAAACUGGAAGUAGUGGUGUUUCUAAUGAUGAUGACCUCGACGACGAAGCGAGCCAGAGGCAUGGCAACUAUGGAGGAUCAUCCACUGAGGAAUGCCAUCCCUAUUAUACAUUGGAGAAAUGUACUGAAGCUUAA